CCAAAAAUAUAUCAGUUCAGCAAUUUCAUCUUUUAAACAUCGAUAUUACCCGCAAACGAACGCACGACACGAAAAGAUGAAAGUAUUGGUAAUAGCUUUAACAUUAUGCUUUGCGGCAGUGGUCUGUGCACACAAGGACUAUCAGUUAAGGUGCACAAAACGUGAAGUUGGCAUACGCUGGCCAAGUUAUUUUAGUAAUUCUGAAUAUUAUGUUUGUCAGAGUGAGAACGGAAAACAAUUAAAAAUUAGCUGCAAUCCUGGUGAGCUCUUCACCUUUGUACUACAAAGAUGUGCUGAACCAAGUAAAUUUAUACCACCACCACCAAUGAAUGCCUUGCCCACCGCAGCACCUUUGGUCGAGCAAAAUGUUAAACCAAAUUUACCUAAACCCAUGACAUCGAAUGGCGUAUCACCACCUUUAGUAAAUAUACAUCCACAACCACAGCCACAACCGCAACCACAACCACAACCAAUAGAUCAUCAGCCACCAAUUAUUGCUCCAGAACGUCCACCAGUUUUGGAACAUCCUAUUCAUGAACCAUCAGUUGUUGAACCAAUUGUUGAUCACAAUACUGCAGGUGCUGCUGGAGAGGAAGAUGCAGCUGUUGCAGUGAAACCAAAGCCACAAAUACCAGCUAAACCUGGCAAACCAGCUGGAACCUCUGUGCCAUUACCUCCAACACCAGCUCCAACGCCUCCAAUGGUACCAGUACCAGGCAAAGAAAAUUCACCAAGUAAAAAGAAACCAACAACUUCCCCAAAGAAGCAAACUACAUCAAAAUCUAAUAAGAAUAAGAAGAAGGCUGGUACUAAACCAAAGACUCCAAAGAAACCAGUGGCAAAAAAACAAGUCCCUAAAAAACCCACACAGGCGUAAGAGCAUAUUAGCUUUUAACUCUUGCUAAUAUGAUUUAAUAAUCAGUUCAAAUUUUUUUUUUUUAAUUUUAUUAUAAAUUAAUAAUAAACAUUACGCAGCGGAAUUUCUACAUAAAAAUUUAU